CCAGUCUCUCAAGCAAAGAGAAAGAGAGAGAGAGCUAGAGUUCAAAUUUAAGACCAGUCUCUGCUGCAGGUGAGUGCCUCUAGUGACCAAACAUGGAGGGAGAGAUCAGCAACUUCAUCAUGGUAUGGACCUUGGUGGCGAUAUCGCUCACAUAUUGCCACACCGUCGGCCAAACCGUCUCUAGUGGAACCAAGAGGCUCCUGGCCAUUGCGCCGGUCAUCGGCCUCUUCUUCAUCCUCCCUCUGAGCCUCACCACCAUCUCUCUCGGAGGCCUCACUUCAUUCUUCAUCGCUUGGCUCUGCAACCUCAAGCUCAUCCUCUUUGCCUAUGGCAAAGGCCCGUUGUCGUCAAGCCAAUCUCGCCCGUUGGCGUACUUCAUUCCCAUCGCUUGCCUUCCCAUCAAGAUCCACGACCAAGUUGAGGGCACCAAAAAUGGAGAGCACCCGCGAUCGGAGAUCAGCGAGAGCGGCCUCAAGUCGCUGACGAAUUAUGUCAUCAAGAUGUUGGUGAUUGUUGCCUUUUUGCCCGCCUAUGAGAGGAAGGAUCUAGUCCAUCCGGUGAUGCUCCACGUGAUGUAUUGCCUGCACGUGUACGUCGCGUUGGAGGUGUCCCUGGCCGUGGUCGGAGCCAUGGUCCGAGCACUCAUCGGUGUCGGCAUUGAGCCACAAUUCGAAGAGCCGUACCUCUCGACCUCGCUGCAGGACUUUUGGGGGAGGAGAUGGAACCUCAUGGUCACGAAUAUACUCCGCCCUACCGUAUAUUUACCUGUCAGGUCCAUUUCCAGCCGUGUGAUUGGGAGGACGUGGGCCCCGCUUCCGGCAUCAUUCGCAUGCUUCCUAGUCUCGGGCCUCAUGCAUGAGCUGAUUUUCUACUACAUUGGACGGAAGGAGCCGACGUGGGUGGUCACCUCCUUCUUCGUCUUGCACGGCAUCUGCGUGGCUGUCGAGAUCGCCGCCAAGAAAGCGUUCGCGGGCAAAUUACGCCUGCCGAGGGCAGUUUCGGGACUGAUGGCAGUCAGCUUCAUCCUCGCGACGGCGCUGUGGCUGUUCCUACCAGCCCUGUUGUGGUGCGAUGCCGAGGACAAGGCACGGGGAGAGGCCACGGCGGUCGUUAACUUUGUGAAGGAGACUUGGAGUGUUGUGAGAUUUAGCUCCAUUAUGAUAGUGACUAGGUGAAAGUAUUGAUUGCAGGGAUAAAAUGUACUUGCU